AUGACGAAAGUCAACUUCACCCUCCCACCGGCAGCCAACAAAGUCACAUCGCUCUUCCAAUCCAAGAAAAAUGUCCCACCAGUUUUCAAUCAGCCACUCAAUACUAGUUCAUGCCCGCAUCAUCGUAUUGCAAGGCUACUGUAUAGUGUCUUCCUUUCCUUGUUACUCAUAAUCGCCAUUCCAGUCAUCACGCUCAAGGCGUUGACCUACAGCUUCAUCGAAGACAACCGUCGGACGGGAUUCACCUUCCAAACCACAAGAAAAGAUGGCGAGCCAGGCGACGCCAUCAUUAUGGCCGCUCUACCGAGAAUGCUCUACGCAAUACCAGCCAAGUUGGCCAUUAUCGCUGCUACCCUUAGUAUAUGUCUGGCUGCAGCACACCUCGGACUCGUAGUCACGGACUGGAAAAUGGGCAAGCGGACACAAUCAUACGCCUUCCGUCGCAACAUAAUGUUCCUGCACAUCACCAACGCCAUCCUCGUUCUCUUCGCUCUAGUCUCCAUCUUCGUCACCCACAAAAACACCUCGCAUUUCCGCGAGGGCUUCGUCAACUUCCGCGCUUCUCGCAUGAACGAUACAGCUGCAACCCAAGAGACCUUCUUUCGCUAUAACUUUGGUACUUUCGAUCUCGAGACUUGGGCGUGCGAACUGCAAGAUGUUGGAGGUGCUGCCAUGGUGCGAGAGGAUUACAGUAAGCAAUGCGCAGUUGAGGUUGCCGGUCGUGCCGUCAUGGUGCCUUUUGUGGUCAUUGCUUGGGCUGUGGCUGCAGUCGGCCUUUGGGGCUUUGUGGGAGGCGGACGCAGAGGGCCAGAUGGUGAGCGUAUGAAGACUGAGGAAGUCGGCCUUGAAAUGGGUAAGAUGAAUGCUACGGACGACUGA